UACCCGGCCGUCGUCCUUCAGCAGAAAYCCACAUUCUUCAGGAACUUCCGAAGGAGCCAACCGUCGAAGCAAUCGAGAUGGUGCACAAUYCCGCGUGGGCAACCACCCCCUCAAAACCGGCGACGACGAUGCCCUCCUCCCGUCAAGCUACACGCUUGCGAUGCGCCCUGGGACGUUUUCACAGGCCUUUGAUUCGAUUGACGGCUCGGAAAACUUUCGCAGGGCAUCCGACUCUUUCGAGGAUCCAAAGAAAAAGAAGCAGACCUUCCGAUUGGCGAAAGUUCCGAAAGAGGGGAAACGACAACAGAAGCUGACGUCCAAGAAAAAAGCGAAAUCAAGUAACACCGAAAGCAAGAAAACCUUGCCAUUGUCUUCAUCUCUGUCCAAUAGAGACGGGGCAGCGGGAACUGGGGGUCGGCAGGAGCAUCAAACUUCUAAAAGCAGAGGCAACGACGAUUCUGAAGAACAAAGCAUCAAUGCGAAUGCCGAGACAACCGGUAAUUCCAACGGCAACAAAGACGAUCUUCGUGUGCACCACACCAUGUUGCAGCCACAUGUUCUAUACGUUAGUAUCCGGCAGAAGGGCAACUCGAUCCUCCCUCUGAUACGAAACGUCCCAAUCGCCUACAGCCCAAUGGUUCCCGAUUACAUCCUGGGGCCCACGGUGUGCGCCCUUUUUUUGAGCAUUAAAUACCACAAGUUAUAUCCCCGYUAUAUCUACCGGCGACUCUCUGAGCUCCGCGACGAUUUUAAGCUGCGUAUYCUACUGGUUCUCGUGGAUGUCGACGACAAUUCCAAUUCCCUGCUUCAGCUGAAUACAUUCGGUGUCCAGAACCAGCUGACCCUGAUCCUUUGCUGGAGCGAGCUUGAGGCCGCCCGGUACCUGGAAACCUACAAGGUUCGGGAGGGGAAGGAUGCUGGGUGCAUUCAAAAGAGGGAAUCAACCAACCCCAUUGACCAGGCAGCAGAUUUCCUUUGUGCCACAACCAACGGGCGCAUCAACAAGACGGAUGCCGGGAACCUCUGGGCGCAGUUUUCMACAAUAGGGGGGAUUGCUUCCGCCACCAGCGACGAGCUUGCACUGGUGCCUGGGAUGGGACCACUUAAGGUGAAGCGCCUACACGAAGCCUUCCACAAGCCAUUUUCGUCAAAGCGGACUAGACUAAAACAGAAGAAGCGAUUAGAACAACUGAGUGGCAAUUGAUUAUGAGUACCUGCACAAAAUAACAUGUAGAAUUGGUU